AUGAAAGGGCGACACGAGGUUAUACCACAUCUGGUUCAAGCCUGUCCGGAAUCGACUAGGGUGAAGGCAGAGGAAGGGGAGACUAUUUUGCAUUUGUGUGUUAAACAUAGUCGUUUGAUGUCAGUGGUGGAAUUGCUGAGCGAUUAUAUGGAGUUUGUCCACUCCAAGGACAACAAUGGCAACACCAUCUUGCAUCUUGCUGCAAUGCUCCAACAGGAGGAGACCAUCAAAUUCUUGCUCUCUAAAACGGGUGUCAGAGAGAAGGUAAAUUCCACGAAUGGGAAUGGUUUUACCGCUGUGGAUGUGUUGGAGCACUGUCCAAGAGACUUAAAAGGUAUGAAAAUCCAAGAUAUUAUGUUGGAGGCUGGCGUGCAAAGAGCCAGGGGUCUUCAAGCUGAUCUCGCACCAGCGUCAGUGAACUUCCCAAAGAAUACUAGAGCAAGGACAUCAUCACAGAACAUUUCGCUGCGGAGCAUGGCGAUCAAUGGCAUUUGUUUGGUUGGAGACUCUCUAGAAUGA